CGCGUUGUCCGCCAUUAGAGACCUUUGCGGAGCUUCCAAAGCUCAACCUCGGCUCGCACUAUAAGGCUUCUCUUCUCUCUGGCGACCCUCACAAGGCGCUUCUCCAAGCUCCCCUCCUUCAUUUCCACCCUAAAUCUCUCAUCCAGAUCUUCCAUGGCCGCCUCCAUCGCCUUCAAUCCUUCCCUCAUUGCUGCCAAAUCGGCUCCUCAUGCUGCUCCCCGGAAGGCGGUGCCUCUCCAGUCUCUCUCCCUUGGGCACUCGCUGACCCGGUCCCUGUGCCUUCGUUCCAUCCUCCGGUCCGAUGGAUCCGUUCCCGCCUCGUCUGGUGUGAGAACUCAAGUUGCAACUGCUGGGCAAGCCAUUGUUGAGGAGACUCAGAAAGUUGAGGGACCAGUGGUUGUUGUCACUGGGGCCUCAAGGGGAAUUGGGAAAGCUGUAGCAUUGGCCCUGGGUAAAGCUGGUUGCAAGGUACUUGUGAAUUACGCAAGGUCAUCAAAGGAGGCUGAAGAAGUUUCCAAAGAGAUAGAGGCAUCUGGAGGUCAAGCCCUUACUUUUGGUGGAGAUGUCUCCAAAGAAGCCGAUGUGGAGGCUAUGAUCAAAACUGCUGUUGAUGCAUGGGGAACAGUUGACAUUUUGAUAAACAAUGCAGGAAUUACGCGUGACACAUUAUUGAUGCGGAUGAAGAAAUCUCAAUGGCAAGAAGUAAUCGACCUAAAUCUUACUGGUGUCUUCCUUUGUACACAGGCUGCGGCCAAAAUUAUGAUGAAAAAGAAGAAGGGAAGAAUCAUUAACAUCGCAUCUGUUGUUGGUCUUGUUGGAAAUGUCGGUCAAGCCAAUUAUAGUGCAGCAAAAGCGGGGGUGAUUGGUUUGACCAAAACAGUAGCUAAAGAAUAUGCAAGCAGAAAUAUUAAUGUCAAUGCUAUUGCCCCUGGGUUCAUAUCAUCUGACAUGACUGCCAAGCUUUCAGAAGACAUUGAGAAGAAAAUCCUGGAGACCAUUCCUUUAGGGAGAUACGGACAAGCGGAAGAGGUUGCUGGCCUGGUGGAGUUCUUAGCCCUUAGUCCAGCUGCAAGUUACAUAACUGGCCAGGUCUUAACCAUUGAUGGUGGGAUGGUGAUGUAAGCCCAGAGAAUUCAACCCAUUAUGCAAGUUUUCAUUCAAGCAGUUGUCCUUGAUUCUUGUGAGUGGUGUUAAUGCAUUUUGGGCUCUUUUUUUAGCUCAGAAUUUUGAUGAACUUAGUGUUGGCUGUCUGUUUUUAGCUUGGAUAAUGAGGAUGGUAAUCCUAAAUAAAAUUUUAUGACUUUUUUUUA